CAAGAUGCGGUAGCACGUGACCCUGGAACGCAAACCCUGAUGCUGGUUCCCCGCCACCCCAGCGCUCUUUUCUCUGACACUUGGCCCCUAGCAGAUGCAUCACAGGAUGAAUGAAAUGAACCUGAGCCCAGUGGGGAUGGAGCGGCUGACUUCAUCCUCUGUGAGCAAUGCCUUGCCAGUCUCAGGAAGUCACCUGGGGUUGGCUGCCUCACCCACUCAUAGUGCCAUCCCUGCCCCAGGUUUGCCAGUGGCAAUUCCAAACCUGGAUCCCUCCCUGAGCUCUCUGCCUUCUGCCUUGUCUCUAAUUAUUGAGGAUCGAGGGGUGAUGUGUGGGUUACCUGAAAGAAACUACACACUACCUCCACCACCUUACCCUCACCUGGAAAGCAGUUACUUCAGAACCAUUCUACCUGGCAUUUUAUCUUAUUUAGCUGACAGACCACCUCCUCAGUAUAUCCACCCCAACUCUAUAAAUGUUGAUGGUAAUACAGCAUUAUCAAUUGCCAAUAACCCUUCAGCACGAGAUCCCUAUCAGUCCAAUGGAAAUGUUGGAUUAGAACCAGGCAUUGUUUCAAUAGACUCUUGCUCUGUGAACACACAUGGUGCCCAAAGUCUUCAUCCCAGUGAUGGCCAUGAGGUGGCCUUGGACACAACAAUCACUAUGGAGAACGUUUCUAGGGUUGCCAGCCCGAUCUCUUCAGAUGGAAUGGCAGAGGAGCUUACAAUGGAUGGUGUUGCAGGUGAGCAUUCCCAAAUCCCAAAUGGCUCCAGAAGUCAUGAACCUCUGUCUGUGGAUUCUGUGAGCAACAACCUUGCAGCAGACCCUGUAGGACAUGGUGGUGUGAUACCCAUUCAUGGGAAUGGCCUGGAGCUCCCUGUGGUCAUGGAGACAGACCACAUUGCAAGCCGGGUCAACGGGAUGUCUGACAGUGCCCUCAGUGACUCCAUCCACACUGUGGCCAUGAGCAUCAACUCUGUAAACAUGACACUCUCUACCUCACACAACCUCGCCUCCCUAGAAUCUGUUUCCCUCCAUGAAAUUGGCCUGAGCCUAGAACCUGUGGCUGUUUCUUCCAUCACCCAGGAGGUUGCUAUGGGGGCAGGUCAUGUAGAUGUAUCUUCAGACAGUCUUUCUUUUGUACCAUCUUCACUGCAAAUGGAAGACCCCAAUUCAAACAAGGAAAACAUGGCAACCUUGUUUUCAAUUUGGUGUACUCUGUGUGACCGAGCCUAUUCCUCAGACCGCCCUGAUCAUGGACCAGUGACUUUUGUUCCUGACACUCCAAUAGAGAGCAGAGCAAGCCUUUCUCUCCCAAAGCAGCUUGUUCUCCGCCAGUCAAUUGCGGGAGCAGAAGUUGGUAUAUGGACAGGAGAAACCAUUCCUGUGCGGACUUGCUUUGGGCCUCUUAUUGGCCAGCAGAGUCACUCCAUGGAAGUAGCAGAAUGGACAGACAAAGCAGUUAACCAUAUCUGGAAGAUAUACCACAACAGUGUCCUAGAAUUCUGCAUCGUUACAACUGACGAAAACGAAUGUAAUUGGAUGAUGUUUGUGCGCAAAGCCAGGAAUCAGGAAGAGCAGAAUUUGGUGGCUUAUCCUCAUGAUGGAAAAAUCUUUUUCUGCACCUCACAAGAUAUCCCUCCUGAAAAUGAACUGCUUUUUUAUUAUAGCCGGGAUUAUGCUCAGCAGAUGGGUGUUCCUGAACACCCAGAUGUACACCUCUGUAACUGUGGCAAGGAAUACAAUUCUUAUGCAGAGUUCAAAGCCCAUCUGACCAGCCACAUCCAUAACCACGUUCCUAGCCAGGGCCACAGCAGCAGCCAUAGGCCAAGACACAACAAAGAAAGGAAGUAGAAGUGCUCCAUGUGCCCCCAAGCUUUUAUCUCUCCUUCCAAACUUCAUAUCCACUUUAUGAGUCACAUGGGUAUGAAGCCCCACAAGUGUGAUUUCUGUAGCAAGGCUUUUUGUGAUCCCAGCAACCUGCAGACCCACCUCAAGAUACAUACAGGUCAGAAGAACCACAGGUGUACUUUAUGUGACAAGUCUUUCACACAGAAGGCUCACCUGGAGACCUACAUGGUCAUCCACAUGGGCGAGAAGAAUCUUAAGUGUGAUUACUGUGACAAGUUGUUUAUGCGGAGGCAGGACCUCAAGCAGCACGUGCUCAUCCACACACAAGAACGCCAGAUCAAGUGUCCCCAGUGUGAUAAGCUGUUCUUGAGAACAAAUCACUUAAAGAAGCAUCUCAAUUCUCAGGAAGGAAAACGGGAUUAUGUCUGUGAAAAAUGUACAAAGGCUUAUCUAACCAAAUAUCAUCUCACCUGCCACCUGAAAACCUGCAAAGGACCCACCUCCAGUUCAUCAGCACAAGAGGAGGAGGAAGAGGGUGACUCAGAAGAGGAAGAUCUAGCAGACUCCGUGGGGACAGAAGACUGCAAGAUUAACAGUGCUGUAUAUUCAGCGGAUGAGUCUCUCUCUGCACAUAAAUAAAAGAAAAAGAAGCAAGCUAUUUUGGAUGGAUAACGCAAAGGGAAAAACACAUAUAAACAGUUAUCCACUACAGUGGUUUUUUUAUAUAAAGUCGUUCCUGAUUUCUUUUCAGCCAGUAGUCAAAACAGACUGAAUGGGAAUGGAUAAAGCACUUAUAGAAGAGUAUCCUAAUGAAAACACUUUAAAAAAUUGGGAAAAGAGAGCAUGUGUCCUAUUUUUAAGUGAUGGAUGGGGAGGAAAGUGUCAACUUUUGAGGUCUGUUCCUUAUAUACAUGAUAAUCUGGGAGAUGCAUUUAUGCCAGAGUCAAAGCUGUCUUCUG